UUGUUUAAGCAGUAGGGAGUUUCUGCUAGGGUCUGGAUUGGAGUUGUACAGACCGGACCCUACCGUGCAUGAUUGGUGCUGAAGAAAAAACAGGAUUCCCCUUGCCUCAAAGAGUCUACAUGACUAAUAUUUAGUCAUGUUCAGCUUUGUGGAUAUUCGGUUAGGGCUGUUGCUCGCCGCAGCAGUACUUUUGGUGAGAGCGCAAGGAGAGGAGGACGAGAGCACAUUCGGUAGCUGUACGUUGGACGGCCAGUUGUACAACGACAAAGAUGUUUGGAAACCAGAGCCUUGCCAGAUCUGCGUCUGCGACAGCGGAAGCGUCAUGUGCGACGAAGUGAUUUGCGAGGAUACAUCCGACUGCGCCAACCCAGAAAUCCCCGACGGAGAGUGCUGCCCCAUCUGCCCAGAAGACUCAUUCCCCACCGAUGAGCCCGUGGUGGUACCAGUUGGUCCUGGAGAGAAAGGAGACCCCGGCCCUCCAGGAGUUCCUGGUAAUGAUGGUAUUCCCGGUCAGCCUGGACUUCCAGGACCCCCAGGCCCCCCUGGACCUAAUGGCAUUGGUGGAGACUUCCGUACGGCUUCCCAGAUGUCCUAUGGCGGAGACAAGUCUAGCGGCCCCUCUGUCCCUGGUCCAAUGGGCCCAAUGGGUCCUCGCGGACCUCCUGGACCUAGCGGAUCCUCCGGCCCUCAGGGUUUCACCGGACCCCCUGGUGAGCCUGGCGAGCCUGGCGCACCUGGUCCCAUGGGUCCUCGCGGUCCUGGCGGUCCUCCCGGCAAGAACGGAGAUGAUGGUGAGGCUGGCAAGGCUGGUCGCCCCGGUGAGCGUGGUCCCGCUGGUCCUCAGGGUGCUCGUGGUUUCCCAGGAACCCCCGGACUCCCCGGAAUCAAGGGACACAGAGGAUUCCCCGGUCUUGAUGGAGCCAAGGGAGAUGCUGGAAUGGCUGGACCUAAGGGAGAGGCUGGUUCCCCUGGAGACAAUGGAGCUGCUGGUGCCAUGGGACCUCGUGGUAUGCCCGGCGAGAGAGGCCGUCCUGGACCCCCUGGGCCCGCUGGUGCUCGUGGUAAUGAUGGCAAUGGUGGUGCUGGUGGACCCCCUGGACCUACUGGCCCCGCCGGACCCCCAGGAUUCCCUGGAUCUGCUGGAGCUAAGGGAGAGACUGGCCCCGGAGGCAGCCGUGGUUCUGAGGGACCCGCUGGUUCCCGUGGUGAGCCUGGUAACCCCGGACCUGCUGGUGCUGCUGGCCCCGCUGGUAACCCUGGAUCUGAUGGUGCUCCCGGUGCCAAGGGUGCUACUGGUGCCCCUGGUAUUGCUGGUGCCCCUGGCUUCCCUGGACCCCGUGGACCCGCUGGAGGAGCAGGAGCUGGUGGUGCCCCUGGCCCCAAGGGUAACAACGGAGAUGUUGGAGCCCCCGGAGCUAAAGGAGAGGCUGGACCCAAAGGAGAGCCUGGCCCCGCUGGAUCUCAGGGACCCGCUGGCCCCUCUGGUGAGGAGGGAAAGAGAGGCGCUCGCGGUGAGCCCGGUGGUGCCGGACCUGUCGGAGCCCCUGGAGCCCGUGGUGGUCCUGGUGCUCGUGGUUUCCCUGGUGCUGAUGGAACUCCUGGCCCUAAGGGAGGUCCUGGUGAGCGUGGUAACCCCGGUCCUAUGGGAUCCAAGGGAGCAACUGGCGAGCCCGGUCGUCCUGGUGAGCCUGGUAUGCCCGGAUCCAAGGGUAUGACUGGUAGCCCUGGAUCUCCCGGACCCGAUGGCAAAGCUGGCGCCUCUGGAGCCCCAGGACAAGAUGGCCGUGCUGGACCCCCUGGCCCUUCAGGAGCCAGAGGACAGCCUGGUGUGAUGGGAUUCCCUGGCCCCAAGGGACCUGGUGGUGAGGCUGGCAAGGCCGGAGAGAAAGGACCUUCUGGAGCUGUCGGUGCUGUUGGUGCUGCUGGCAAAGAUGGUGAUGUUGGCGCUCCUGGUGCCCCUGGACCCGCUGGACCUGCUGGAGAGAAGGGAGAGCAGGGACCUGCAGGCCCACCUGGAUUCCAGGGUCUGCCUGGACCUCAAGGAUCUACUGGAGAACCUGGCAAGCCCGGAGAGCAGGGUAUGCCCGGUGAGGCUGGACCCAGCGGUCCUUCUGGAGCAAGAGGAGACAGAGGCUUCCCUGGAGAGCGUGGGGCCAAUGGCCCGACUGGACCUGCUGGUGCUCGCGGUGCUCCUGGUAGCCCAGGUGCCGAUGGUGCUAAGGGUGAGGCUGGCGCUGCUGGAGCCCCUGGAAGCCAGGGACCCACAGGAAUGCAGGGAAUGCCCGGAGAGCGUGGUGCUGGCGGUAUGCCCGGACUCAGGGGAGAGAGGGGAGAGCCUGGUGUCAAGGGGCCUGAUGGUGCCGCAGGAAAAGAUGGUCAUCGUGGUCUGACUGGUCCUAUUGGACCUAGUGGACCUUCCGGUGCUCCUGGUGAGAAGGGUGAGGGUGGCCCUGUCGGACCUGCUGGUGUAUCUGGUGGUCGUGGUGCCCCUGGAGAGCGUGGUGAGGGUGGUGCCCCUGGACCUGCUGGAUUCGCUGGACCCCCUGGCAUGGAUGGACAGGCUGGUGCCAAGGGAGAUAAGGGAGACACCGGACCCAAGGGAGAUGCUGGUGCCCCCGGACCCGCUGGACCUCUUGGAGCUCCCGGACCUCAGGGUCCUGCUGGUGCCACUGGAUCCAAGGGAGCUCGUGGUGGUGCUGGACCUCCUGGUGCUACUGGAUUCCCAGGUGCUGCUGGCAGAGUUGGACCUCCCGGCCCCUCCGGCGCAGGUGGACCUCCUGGCCCCACCGGACCUUCAGGAAAAGAGGGACAGAGAGGUGCUCGUGGUGAGAAGGGACCAGCUGGCCGUCCAGGUGAGGUCGGUGCUGCCGGACCCCCAGGACCUUCCGGAGAGAAGGGUUCCCCUGGUAACGAUGGAGCUCCUGGCCCUAUGGGAAUCUCAGGACCUCAGGGUAUCGCCGGAGGCCGUGGUAUCGUUGGUAUGCCUGGACAGAGAGGAGAGAGAGGAUUCCCUGGUCUCCCCGGCCCAGGAGGUGAGCCUGGCAAGCAGGGAUCUGGUGGCCCCGUUGGAGAGAGAGGACCCCCAGGACCUCUUGGUCCCCCUGGACUGACUGGUCCCCCUGGUGAAGCCGGCCGUGACGGAUCUCAAGGUCAUGAUGGUGCCCCUGGUCGUGAUGGACCUGCUGGUUCCAAGGGAGACCGUGGUGAGACUGGUAACGCUGGCGCCCCCGGCGGUCCUGGUGCUCCCGGACCCCCCGGCUCCGUCGGCCCCUCUGGAAAGACUGGCGAUCGCGGAGAGGCUGGUCCUGCUGGUAAUGUUGGUCCUGCUGGACCUUCUGGUCCCCGUGGAGCAUCUGGCCCAGCUGGUGCCAGAGGCGAUAAGGGUGAGGCCGGCGAGGCUGGAGACAGAGGCAUGAAGGGACACAGAGGAUUCAGCGGAAUGGCUGGACUUCCUGGACCUCCCGGUCCUCCUGGAGAGCAAGGACCUGCUGGAGCCACUGGCCCUGGUGGACCCAGAGGACCCCAUGGAAGCAAUGGUAGCCCAGGAAAGGAUGGCAUGAACGGUCUGCCCGGACCCGUUGGACCCCCAGGACCUCGCGGUCGCAAUGGAGAGAUGGGACCCGCUGGUCCACCUGGACCUCCCGGACCCCCAGGACCCGCUGGCGCUCCCGGCGCUGGCAUGGACUUCUUCCCUCAGCCCCAGCAGGAGAAGGGCCCUGACCCCAUGAGAGGAGGCUACAGAGCCGAUGACGCCAGCGUGGUGCGCGACCGUGACCAGGACGUUGACACCACCCUCAAGAGCCUGAGCCAGAAGAUCGAGAACAUCCGCAGCCCCGAGGGUACCCAGAAGAGCCCUGCCCGCAUGUGCCGCGACCUCAGGAUGUGCCACCCCGAGUGGAAGAGCGGCUUCUACUACGUCGACCCCAACCAGGGCUCUCCUCUUGAUGCCGUCAAGGUCUUCUGCAACAUGGAGACUGGAGAGACCUGCGUCUCCCCAUCCCAGGCCAGCGUUCCUCAGAAGAACUGGUACACCAGCAAGAACAAGGACAAGAAGCACGUCUGGUUCAGCGAGUCCAUGACCGAGGGCUUCCAGUUCCAGUAUGGCACCGAUGGAUCUGAUCCAGAGGAUGUCAACAUCCAGCUGACCUUCAUGCGCUUGAUGUCCAACGAGGCAUCCCAGAACCUCACCUACCACUGCAAGAACAGCAUCGCCUACAUGGACCAGGCCUCUGGCAACCUGAAGAAGGCUCUGCUGCUGCAGGGAUCCAACGACAUCGAGAUCAGAGCCGAGGGCAACAGCCGCUUCACCUACAGCGUCAGCGAGGAUGGCUGCACGUCACACACUGGCACAUGGGGCAAGACAGUCAUCGACUACAGAACAACGAAAACAUCUCGCCUGCCUAUCAUUGACAUCGCUCCUAUGGACGUUGGUGCUCCAGAUCAGGAAUUCGGUGUGGAAGUUGGCCCAGUAUGCUUCUUGUAAAAAGAGAAAUCUGGACAUGAAAACAUUGUUUUUUUAGCAGUCAUCUCUAAAUCUUCCUCUAUGCAUUAAAAAAAAAUCGGUCCACCUGCUUAACACUACAUUCCCGAAGACAGUGUUUCAACCUUGACAAACGUUCUUUUUUUUUUUUGGCUUUUUGGUUUUGGAUUUUUUCGAGGACCACUACAACAUCCAGUACAGACACCAAGGACACUCAGAACUUUUUUUUGUUUCAGCUGACAACAAGAAAAUAAUAUAUACUUGUGUAAAGUGUAACACCCCCUGGAGUACCAAAAGAGUGAAAAGCAACAUCAACAACAAACAAAAAAAAUGAAAUACUGGUGACUUUUUUUUACCACUGCGGAAGGACAAUGAAAAACAAGCAAAUGCUUUGUACCAUUUUCUGGUGAUAAAUAAAUUUCAAAAAACGACCGCUGAGUGUUUUUCUGUUGUACCUACAAGGGGACAAACAUCAGAACCAGAAAAAAAAUCAUUGUUCUUUGUCAAAAAAUAAGUUGCACAGGUAUUUUAGAGAAAAGGGAAGAGUUAAUUGUUUUGCUACCUCAGAAAAGGAGACCUGACAACACAUGACCUUUAAGAACUUUGUCACACAUCCUCAAGGGCAGGUUUACGCUCUGUCACAAGUUAUAUCUAAAGAAAAAAAAACAUCAAAAAAGGGCUACAGCUACAAAAGGUGCUACUUCCUUUUAGGUCACUGUGGUGCGGUGUAACUCUUUUAGCUAGUUUGUGUACACCGACCAAACCACUUGGUGCUAAAUGUUGAUCGAAUGUUUUGCUUGUCAUUGAGUGUGACUAUUUUCUUUUCUUUUUCAAACAAUCCUUUGAGUGUCAAUGUUAACCAAAAAAAAAAAACUGAGCAGGAAGAGGUUGCUGUGGACGUGAAGCAUGUUUUCGUGUCUAAUGCAGACUAAGCAAGUGGACUGGUUUGUCUCCUCCUUCAGUGUCCAAUCCCCCAUCCCCCCAAAUGUUCUAUGUCCAAUUCUCCUGGUGUCUGUUUCUGUCCCACCUCCCCCUCACACUCCUAAAUGGUUGCUAUUUUUCACCAAAUCAUCCUCCCCUGUAUGUUUGUUUUUGUUUAUGUUUUCUAUUGUUUGUUUAAUUUGUAUUUUUUUAGAGAAAGUCUUUUUUUUAACUGAAAUGAGGCAGAAAUUCAAACAACAGACAACAACAAUGCACAAGUAUAUCAGAGGAACAGACACCGAUGUGAUGUCUCCCAGAGGAUUUGUACUUAUUUUGUACAUGUAUAUUAAUUCAAGAUGUUUUUAAUUAUUUUGGAUGCUGAAAUAAAGCAUGUCGAGUGGUAAAACUGA